UCGGCCACCGAGGGUGCCGCUUCCGCAUCGUCGAUGCGGCAGCACACGCUGGCGGGCCAGCGCCCGCUCCAUGCCGCCGCCUCGCCCUCGCCGCCGCUGUCUUCGCGAGAAGCAUCGCCUGCCCGCCCCCAUCAACGCAAUGUCUCCACGACGGCGAGGCCCACGGUCCGGCCAGGCUUCCGCUCACGCAAGAGCAGCACCGACGCCAGCCCCAGCCGCAUGUCCAGCCUGGCCAACUCGACGACGCCCGGCCCGACGGCCGUGGUUGUCCAGCGUGCCCACUCGGCCACGAGCAUACCGGAGAUGACGCCAGCAUCAACACCGUCGUCGUCCAACGACACGAUCCGAGCACCGCGCCCCUCGAGGCCCGGCUCCAAGCCCGGCCCGGUCGACUCGACGCCGCUCUCGCCGCGCUUCAAGUCGCCGCCGCCCGCGGGCGACAUAUACUCGCACUCGCGCCGCAACUCGCUGCGGGCCCAGCUCCGAAAGCAAGAGGUGCAGUCGACGCCCGCCAUCAUCGUCGAGAGCUCGUCGCCCAUGUCGCCGCCGCGGCUGGCCGCGCCCGAGGACGCGCUGGCGAGCGAGCCCGAGGAGCCGACGCAAACCAUCAAGGCGCCUGGCCGCGGAGCCGGUGGGCUGCAACCCAAGCUGGAAACGGUGCAAGAGUCUAGCUCGCCUGCCACGCCCGGAUUCCAUGGUCUAGAGCCGCAAAGCUUUGUUCCUUCUGCCGUCGCCCCCAAGUUCGACCCGGAGCGAAAUGACGUCAACUCGUCCAAAGUCACCGAAGACCUCAGUUCCAGACUCGACUCGUCCAAGCACGACUCUUCCAAGCACACGGAGAGCGGCAGCGACAGCGCCACCAAAGGCGCCAAGAAGGGCAAGAUGCAGGAGCGCCGCUCCGCCUACGCCCAGCGACCCUACCACUCUGUCUCGGCAAAGCCUUCGCUGUCCUCCAUGUCGACCCGCUCGCGCGAUCCGCCGCUGCGCAACAUGACGGUCGAGACCGAAACCGUCCCCUCGGUCGCACAGGCGUCCAUUGUCAACCAGGACCGCGUCGCCUCGGGUCGUGCAGACGGCGGUGUGCGCCUCCGCCCCAGCAACGAAACCAUACGUCCCAAAAAGGAGAAGAAACCCACAAAGCGAAAAGCCGCAUCCAUCAAUGCAGGCACCGGUAGGUUGCAACACAUCUCGUACCAUCACCACACGGCCUCGGCCUCGGGCAGCCCUAUUUCAUACCGCUCGUGCGAAGAAGGGCGCUCGUUGCUGACCAUGUCGCCCCCCAGCCCAGAGCUGCGCGUGUCUCUUCCUCCCCGCCCUCCCCAUCUCAGCUAUUUUUAUUCCAGCACUAACAACAGCUACCGCACAGCUUCAUCCAAGGCAGACGUCUUUGAGCAAAAGGUGGCCAGUGCCGUCGACGAGGCCGACUCGUCCGACUCGGAUGCCACCUUCAUCUAUGAGUCGAACCCGCCCGAGCAGCCGCACCGCAGCCGCCAACACCACCACUCCCGAACCCCGAGCAUGACAUCACUAGCAAGCCUCACCGACCCACGACUCCAACUGCGCGAUAACCAAAAGCAUCCAAGCAAGAAGAGCAGCAUCAAAUUCACCAACCCCUACAGCAACCCGAGCAUCGACGGAGACGACCGCGGCGAAGGCACUGUGCGGUUGGGAUCCGGCCGGGCGGGCGGAGGCAGCCACCAUCACCACAUCGGCGGCAGAUAUGGCCAAGGCCGAGGUGCACUGAACCCCAUGGUCAUGGACAGUGACUCCUCCAUGCCCCAGUCUUCGCGCACCCGUGGCCCGGCCUCGAGAAAUGCAUCGCAGCCAAACAGUCCUCGCUUCCACACGUUCAGUGUUGGCAACGGCCAUACCAACGGUAACAAGAAGAGCAGUGAGUACUCGGCUGCCUACGAUAUUGACGCAGAGCAUGCAGCCGAUGACGAACGCACCCCACUCAUCUCUGGCCGAAGCCCACGAGCUCGAACGCCCCGUCAAAGGAAUAGCGCCACGGUACGCCAACUAGAACGUCGACACCGCCGCGAUGGCGGGUGGUGCCGUCGCUUUGCUGGGUGCUUGGUUCUCUCGAUACUGCUCUUGGUUGUUGUCUUUUGCGCGGUUGGGCUGGUCUUUGCCACUACCAAGCCGCUUACGAGCCUCAUGGUGCGCGACAUCCAGAACGUUGUGGCCAGUCAAGAGGAAGUCAUCUUGGAUCUCAUCGUCGAUGCCGUCAACCCCAACAUCAUUGGCGUUACGGUCGCCGACAUGGACGUUUCUGUAUUCGCCAAGAGUAAGCAUGUCGGCUCCGACACGUGGUGGCGUGAGCACGGAAACGGACCGCCCGGAAACAUGGAGAACUGGAAGCCCAUCCAAGACGAAGCUUACCCCACCGACACCGCUCCUGUCAGCGCUAGAGGAAUCGACGAAGGAACGGAUCCCAUCGAAGGCGAGCCUCGCACCAUGUUGCUUGGCCGUGUGUACCGCUUCGACUCGCCCCUGACCUUUGAAGGCUCCUUCUUUCAGCGACAUCGCGCCGAGUCGAUUGGUGAGCUUCGUUUGGGGCAUCCAGGAAACAAGACCGAAGCGGGUGGAAGCGAACGCUGGGAAGAAGUUUUGCAGUAUCCUUUUGAACUCAUUGUGAGGGGUAACUUCAAGUACACACUCCCCCUGAGCACCCAGGAGUUCAAGGUCCCCGUCACAGCAUCCCAUUACUACGAUCCAGAUAUCGAAAAAAGGAAAAGGCCCACCGCCCUACCGAGGCACGAAAAGAGGAGGAAUCUACCGUCUGUACCAACAAAGCCGUGGGGGCGCUAUGACCGUAGAGCACUAGCGCUCUGGCAUGUCCAAUAG